UUCCGGCGGGAGAGGCGCGGCAGAUGGCCGCGUACAGGGCAGCGCUCGGCGCUUUGCUCGCGGCUGCCCGACUGUUGCCCCUCGGCCGCUGUCGCCCGUCGCCCGCGCUCCGCUCUACCUUGUCGGGCGCCGCCAUGGAGCCCGCGCCUCGCUGGCUGGCGGGGCUACGCUUCGACAACCGCGCCCUGCGCGCGCUGCCCGUGGAGGCGCCGCCGCCUGGUCCCGAGGGCGCCCCGUCCGCGCCGCGGCCGGUGCCCGGGGCCUGCUUCACCCGCGUGCAGCCCACCCCGCUGCGGCAGCCGCGCCUCGUGGCGCUGUCGGAGCCCGCGCUGGCGCUGCUGGGCCUGGGCGCGCCGCCCGCGCGCGAGGCCGAGGCCGAGGCCGAGGCCGCGCUGUUCUUCAGCGGCAACGCGCUCCUGCCGGGCGCCGAGCCCGCCGCGCACUGCUACUGCGGCCACCAGUUCGGCCAGUUCGCCGGGCAGCUGGGCGACGGCGCCGCCAUGUACCUGGGCGAGGUGUGCACGGCGACCGGCGAGCGCUGGGAGCUGCAGCUCAAGGGCGCCGGGCCCACGCCCUUCUCCAGACAGGCCGACGGUCGCAAGGUCCUACGGUCAAGCAUCCGGGAGUUCCUGUGCAGCGAAGCCAUGUUCCACCUGGGAAUCCCCACCACACGGGCCGGCGCCUGCGUCACGUCCGAGUCCACGGUGGUGCGCGACGUGUUCUAUGAUGGUAAUCCCAAAUAUGAACAAUGCACGGUUGUGUUGCGUGUAGCUUCCACUUUCAUAAGGUUUGGAUCCUUUGAGAUUUUUAAGUCUGCAGAUGAGCACACAGGGCGUGCAGGCCCCAGCGUGGGGAGGAACGACAUUCGAGUGCAGCUGCUCGACUAUGUCAUCAGCUCCUUUUACCCCGAGAUCCAGGCUGCUCAUGCCAGCAACAACGUGCAGAGGAACGCCGCCUUCUUCCGGGAGGUGACGCGGCGCACGGCGCGGAUGGUGGCCGAGUGGCAGUGUGUGGGCUUCUGCCACGGCGUGCUCAACACCGACAACAUGAGCAUCCUGGGUCUCACCAUCGACUACGGGCCCUUUGGCUUCCUGGACAGGUAUGACCCCGACCACGUGUGCAAUGCCUCUGACAACACCGGCCGCUAUGCAUACAGCAAGCAGCCCGAGGUGUGCAGGUGGAACCUGCGGAAGCUGGCUGAGGCCCUGCAGCCAGAGCUGCCGCUGGAGCUGGGUGAGGCCAUCCUGGCCGAUGAGUUUGACGCCGAGUUCCAAAGGCACUACCUGCAGAAGAUGCGCAGGAAGCUGGGCCUCGUGCAGGUGGAGCUGGAGGAAGACGGGGUGCUGGUGUCCAAGCUCCUGGAGACCAUGCACCUGACUGGUGCCGACUUCACAAACACCUUCUACUUGCUGAGCUCCUUCCCAGUGGAGCCAGAGUCGCCAGGCCUGGCGGAAUUCCUGGCCAGGCUGAUGGAGCAGUGUGCCUCCCUGGAGGAGCUGAGGCUGGCCUUCCGGCCCCAGAUGGAUCCCCGGCAGCUAUCCAUGAUGCUGAUGCUGGCGCAGUCAAACCCGCAGCUGUUCGCGCUUAUGGGCACCCGGGCGGGCAUCGCCAGGGAGCUGGAGCGUGUGGAGCAGCAGUCUCGGCUGGAGCAGCUGAGUGCAGCAGACCUGCAGAGCAGGAACCAGGGCCACUGGGCUGACUGGCUACAGGCAUACAGAGCCCGGCUGGACAAGGACCUGGAAGGCGCCAGGGAUGCUGCCGCCUGGCAGGCUGAGCGUGUGCGCGUGAUGCACGCCAACAACCCCAAGUACGUGCUGAGGAACUACAUUGCGCAGAACGCCAUCGAGGCUGCCGAGCGCGGGGACUUCUCAGAGGUGCGGCAGGUGCUGAAGCUACUGGAGACCCCUUACCACUGCGAGGCGGGGGCCGCCACAGACGCCGAGGCCACCGAGGCCGACGGAGCAGACGGCAGGCAGCGCUCCUACAGCAGUAAGCCCCCGCUCUGGGCAGCAGAACUGUGCGUGACAUGAUCUUCAUAACGGCCUCGGCGCGCUCCACACCCCUGGAGUCUCCCGAGGCCCCCAUGUGCUGCUGAGUGGCCGAGACGGUGCCGGGCUGCCCUCUACACUGGGGGAUUCUGCCCACGCGCACCUGUCUUUCCGUGAUGGCAGAGACAUCCAGUCAGGACCUGACCCGUCUCUGUCUGAGGCCGGCUCAGCAGUGCAGCCUGGUCCCUGGGGGCUGGACCCAGGCUCCUAAAUAAACCAGCAACUCCCUCA